UGCCCCGUCCCUCACUGGCUGACAAUGGCGGCCUCCAAGUCUGAAGAUAUUCUUGGGCAGAAAUGGGACCGCUGUGUUGCUGAUACCCUUAUUAAAAUUGGUGGAGGCCUUACUCUAGGAGUUGUAUUUUCUGCUAUUGUCUUUAAAAGGCGACCCUGGCCUCUCAUCUUUGGUCUAGGAUUUGGCACAGGUAUGGGGUAUGCCAAUUGUCAACAUGAUUUCAACGAACCAUUCCUAGUAAAAGCAGAAAAUGUUAUUGUGAAGCCCAAAUCUACCACUCUUGAGGCUCCUGCUACAGAAGCCCAGUAGUUUAAUAAUGUAAUAAAUUUGUAUAUUAUCGCUUAAGUCACUUUUGUAUAUUGAGGAAGCCUAUUUAAUGUCCUCUGAUUGGAGCUCAUGUACAGUACUGUAUAUGCAUUUAUUGAGUUAUGUACUUACUACAAACUUCAUGUUAUUU